AAAUUGUGCGUGCAUAUUUUACGGAGCAGUUCCUAAAACAACGAGGUAGAUAAUGAACUUGGGAAAUACCUUGCGAAAGUGAUUGUACACCAAAUAUUCCACUAGAAGCGACCUCAAUUUGUUUUAGAUCAUUUUCAUGUCACAAGCAGGCAACUGUCGCUUUUCCUUGCCGCAGUCAUUGUUGUCCGUUGCUGUAUAUUUUCCGCAAAAGUGGGUCAUAGUUUCUUUAGUUGCGUGUCGUUUUAGGGGUUUUCGAGAAUCCCAACGUCGUCUUAAGCGGAGCAUCUUUUUCUUUUUAGCGAAAUGGUGACUUCCAAACACUCCUUUAGCAUAGGCGACCUAGUCUUUGCCAAAGUAAAAGGCUAUCCGGCCUGGCCAGCAAAGAUCUUGAAGAUAGAUAAGGCCAAAUACAAUGUUUACUUCUACGGUACCGGAGAAACAGCCAACAUCAAGGGUGAUAGUUUGUUCCUCUACGGCGAGGAAGAGAAGGAAAAGUUUGUCACCGAAAAAAUCAAGAAACGCAAGGGCUUCAAGGAAGCGCUGCUUCAAAUAGAAUCCGCUAUGGCCGGCGAAGACUCGUGCCCGCUUUCGUACGAUGUCGCUGUUGUGCGGUCGAGUUUGGACUCCUGUGCACCAAAUGCCGACAAUGAAAAGAGUCAUCAGCCUACCCCGUUUAUCGGCUCGAAUGCUAGCCAGGCACCAUUUGCUGGAGCAAAGCAAACAGGGCCUCAAAAGAAAACUGUACCUUCACCUACGGCUAGUGAAAAGGUAACAUUGCUUAAAGUGAUUAAAAAAGAACCGGGGCUGUUGGAGGAGUUCGAUACCCAACCAAAUGCUGACGAUGAAACGGAACUGACAAGUCGUAGUGGCAAAAAGAUCCAAAAAAAACGAGGCAUUGAUAAAGACGACGAAGACAGCGCACAGAAUGGAACGUCUCGCAAGAAGAAAGCUCUCAGCAAGCCGACCAAUAAAACACAGACAAAGGCGAUGACCACUAAAUCAAACACUAAUCCAUUCGAUAACAUAAGCAGCGAACGCAUGGUUUUCUUGGCGCGAGAACGGGAGCUGGUGGAGUGCGUUUUGGAAAUGAAAACAACCGUAAAGUACACAGAUCCGAAUGCAGAGCGAUGCGUCGAAUUGUUGAAUCAAUUUCAAGGUCUGAAAAUAACUCCAACGAUGCUAAAAAAGAACCCCAAUUGCGUCGAGGUCAUUAAAAAAUUGCGUUUUUACGUUGGCAAUGCAGACGCGUGGAAUAUGAAUGAUCAGCAGAGAGUUAAAUUCGAUUAUCUAGCCAAGCGAAUUCGUGAAAAAGCCGAACAGAUCUACAACCAAUUCCCGGCCAUGUUCCCCGAACUCGAUGGGGAAGUAUCAUUUUGGCAGGCAUUUCAGGAAGCGGUGACGAAAUUUAACCUGGCUACUCAACAUCUGUCUCCCGAAGAGCUUUAUCUGCUGGUUGAUGAAGCAGAGAUUGGCCAAGUUGACGAAAUUGUGGAGCUAGACGCGUCGAAGGAAGACGAAUUGGGCGAAUCUUCUUCUUUCAAUCCCAUCCUUACGGUAUCCAACAUUAUAGAGGUACAGGAAUAGAAUGUAAAAUAACAUAUCUAAUAAGCACGCGCACUAUGUGUGCCAAUCACGAGAAAUCAUGUUGUAAUGAAUUUUUAUGAGACAUUUUCAUAUCUCGCUAUAACUUGAAAAUAAAAGAUUUAAACCAUCGUUUCCGAAAUAUGAAUUCGGAUACGCAA